GCCCCCGUUGUUCGCCGUUGAUUGGCCCGAGCGGCGGUGAUACGGCAGCGGGGCUGCGCUCCUCUCCUGCGCUGGAGAGGGGGAAGGGGCCCGUUGAUUGAGGCAGCGAGCGAGCCUCCCGCGUGAGGAAAAGGCGCUGUUGCCGCCGCUAUGACGUUCAAGGGGAGCCGGGCCCGGGAGCGUUUCUACAGCACCCGCUGCUGCGGCUGCUGCCAUGUCCGUACCGGUACCAUCAUCCUGGGGACGUGGUACAUGAUGGUGAACUUGUUGAUGGGCAUCUUGCUGACUGUGGAAGUGACCCACCCUAAUUCAGUGCCAACUGUUGACAUACAGUAUGAAGUCAUUGGUAAUUACUAUGGUUCGGAGAGAAUGGCUGAAAACGCUUGUGUUCUCUUUGCCAUCUCACUCCUCCUGUUCACAAUAAGUGCAAUGAUGGUGUAUGGAGCAAUUGCUCACCGAGUGGGCUGGCUCAUUCCAUUCUUCUGUUACCAGCUCUUUAACUUUGUUCUCAGUUGCCUGGUUGCCAUCAGCUCUCUUACUUACAUGCCAAGAAUCAAAGACUAUCUGGAUGAGUUACCAGAUUUCCCUUACAAAGAUGACCUCCUUGCACUUGACUCCAGUUGUAUUUUGUUCGUUGUCCUGGUGUUUUUUGCCUUAUUUAUCAUCUUGAAGGCUUAUCUAAUUAACUGUGUAUGGAACUGCUAUAAAUACAUCAGCAACAGAAACUUGCCUGAGAUAGCUGUGUACCCUGCAUUUGAAGCUCCUCCACAGAGAACCAGUCUGAGUUAUAGCUGCAUUGGCUUCUGUCUCAGCCCCCAUGAAUGGUACAUGAAAGAAAUGAGCCAAAUCAGGGUGAAUGGAAUAAAAGGUGAAUAAAUGUAUUUAUAUCCACAACUUUGUACAGAGGCAUUAAAGAGAAUCUGAUUUAAAGUAACACAUGUAAGACUUUUUGAGUGCAGUAUUUAAAUUUGACAAGACUAUAUUGAUGUUGUGGCAGGCAAUAAAUUAUGUAUGAAUGCCACAGCGCUGGCUUGGAGAGUAAUAUACAGGCCUCUGCAAAUCAGAAUAUUCCUCAGACGAAAGAUGCUUUUGGAACCCUAAUUUCACAUUUCUGUGAGGCUGCUGGACGAUGAAUCAUGCAUUUAAUUUUCUGAUCAUAGGUCAGAAGAUGUCAAUCUGGAGGCAUCAGAUUUUAUUUAAAUUUCUGUAGAAUUUUUGUGACCCUGCCUCAACUGGUCAGGUAAAACAGGACCACUAUUGAAUGGCAGCUGCUUCAGGACUUCCAGAAGGCCUGCAGCACCUGAUCUUUUUGAAAAAUGUCAAUAGUACAGUAGAGCUUCCUCUCCUUAUUUCUGUCCAUACAAGGAUAGCAUUAGUUUCUAGAUGGUUGGGCUUCUAUCCCCUGUCCAUCAACUAGACUCCAUCUGGUUUAAUUCUUUGGAUUAGUAGAUAUGGGACUUCAGAGCACUACAAUCCAGGUGCAUUAGCUGUCUAACAGAUCAUUCUCUUCAGUACUGGACAGAAGUUCUCUCGGUUCCAGUAUGCACCAUUAGAAACAAAUGGAGUAAUAUAGGCACUAACUAGGGAAAACGGAGCAGUUCCUCCCUGUAUUCUGAGGAGUUGGGGGAGAGAAACUCAUCUGAUUACAUAUCAGUUUCCGUGUCAAGGUGUUCUCUGUCUCUGUACGUACAUGAACCCCACCACCAUAGUACCUGAACAUCUGAAUGAAGCUCCUGUGGAAGUGUGAUCAUUGGAUCUAGUAGAGAAAUUUAGGAUUAUUGGAAGCAGCAAAUAAAAUUAGUUAACAUAUUAUAGCUCUAGUUACAAUGGGUACUGUAUGACUCAGUUGCAGUACCAGUGGUUCUCCAGAUUUCUAGUUCCAUGAACUAGUUAAUAAGAGAACCCAUAUCGGGACCCAAACCUCGGUCCCUCUGAUUUGGUUAUCAGAACACUUUUUUGUUCUGUGGGCCAUCUAGGAGAGCUCUGGGGCACACUGUUCCUAUUGUUCAGGAACCACUAUCCCAUACACCUAGUAGCAGCAUUCCAUUAGCUUUGCAAGACUGGAUGCUGGUAAUGACCACUGGAGAAGAUAGUGGCAUGAAAUUUUUAUGGACAUAGAGGGUGAUGUGAAUUCAGUUCACCAAAGUGAACAUUCUUUCAGUCUAGAAUGCAGUAGUUUCAGACAAUCGACUGGUAUUUCAAAGCCAGGAAUGCAGAUCUGCAACACCAAGCUGUGUGUUAUCUUUAUUUUGUGCUUCUGAUGAUCUCUUGCGCUCACGCACGCGCACGAAACCUUCCCCCAAAGUGGCUGUAGCCUACGUGGCUUAUAUUUUGUUUUCUAGCAGAAACACAAUUGAACAUAAUUAUCAAACACUCUCUCACAGAAUUGGAAAAUCUUAUGUCAAUUUGUUUUGACAAAUGUCUCUUCAAUAACUUUUAAUUUUAAAAUUCCAGUUUCUUGACCUUUUCUCUUGGGAGGAUGGGAGGUGAAAUUGUUUCCCUACUAGCUCCUUUACUCUUUACUAGAAAAGGAUAAAAAUGGAAUAGAGGUAGUGGCUGAGACUUAGAUUCAG